CACACGCGAGACACACGCGGGGAGUGAAGGCGGUGGGUGGCUGCAGGCUCCCGCGAUGGCUGGAGCCGUGGCCGCGACCCGGAUCCACAUCGUGGGCUCUGUCGCGCGAGCGGGUGGUUUUCGCGGGAAAGGCGCCGAUUGGUCCGAUUCGCCACCGGUGGGCGCGGUCUCGGCCGACGGGAGCCAAUCACGGGGCCGUGGGGUUGGGGGCGCCUUGAGCGGUUGUAACCAAGGAGGAGGCCGAGGCUUCGUCUGGCGGGAGGCCUCAGGAGGCCUCAGGAGGGCCCCUUCGCGGGCCGCCCCAGGGAUGAGCGACGCGGCGGCGUUCGACGGAGGAGGCGGAGCCCUCCACGAGGAGGACGAUGAUGUGCACAAGUGCGGGCGCUGCCAGGAGGAGUUCAACAGCCUGGAGGCGUUCAUCCAGCACCGGCUGCAGCAGGCGUGCUCGCGGGCGUCAGCCGGCGCUCCGCUACCGCAGCCCUCUGCCAAUGAAGGAAGCGUCGCACCGCCCGCGAGCGGCGCCGUCGACGGAGCCGCCGGAGACGGAGACGGAGACGGAGACGUUGUGCCGCGGGCGACGCGCAGGAGGGCCCGCGCCUCCUCGCCCGGCGACCGGCAUCCACCCGACUCGGGGGCUGCCGCCCCCCCACCGGGGCCGGCGCUGCCUGGCUCCCUGGCGAGCCCCAGGCCCAGGCUGGCCGCGCGCGACGGCGCCCGCUUCGCGUGCAGCCUGUGCCCCAAGCAGUUCAAGACGGCCGUGAUCCUGAAGGCCCACAUGGUGACUCACAGCUCCAGCAAGCAGUUCCGCUGCACCGUCUGCGCCACGCAGUUCCACACCAAGGGCUCGCUGGUCCGGCACGCGCGGCGCCACACCGGCGAGCGUCCGUACGUGUGCAAGGAGUGCGGGCAGGGGUUCCGGGAGUCGGGCGCGCUCAGCCGCCACCUCAAGUCUCUCACGCCGUGCACGGACCGGGCCGUGUACGCGGGGGCGCAGGCCAGGGCCGCCUGUCGGCCUGCGCACACCGUAGCCCAGGCCGAGAAAGCCGCGGAGAUGCCCGAGUCCGGCGCCACUGGCACCGAUGGCGCCGUGGCGAGCGCUGGCGACACCUUCGUCUUGCUGAUAACCCCGGUGACGCACGACGAGAAGGGAGGCAGCGGCUGUGGCGAUGACAAGGAAGGGAGCUCUUCCAUUGGCCAGGGCGGCUCUGCCGCUGCAGACGCCACGAUUGGUCAGAAUCGUCCGGAGGAGCCCAACCUGAUUGGCCGAGCAAUGAAGAACUCUGGCAUCCAGGAGGCGAGGACGGCGCCCCGUCUACCGGACUCUGCUCGGCCAAUAGAAACGGAAGAUUUGGCUGGAAAUGAGGGGGCGGGGCCUCGAGAUGGGGUGGGGCCUCGGGAGGGGGCGGAGCCAGAGGAAGGGGCGGAGCUCGCUCCGGAGGCUCGACCAAUGGAGACGCAGACGCCUGCCGACGUCGUGGGGUCCGCGGAGGAGGAGGUGCGGCAACGGGAAGAGGCGAGCGACGAUUUGAACUCGGGUGGGGGCGGUGACAGUGCCGGGCGGCUGUCCCGGCACACCGAGCCGUGCCCCUACUGCCACAAGCGCUUCCGCGGGCACCGCUACCUCCAGAUGCACAUCCACGGACACAGAGCGGCCCAGCGCGCCGAGGGCGGCCCCAGCGUCUGCACCGUGUGCGGCAAGUCGUUCGUGACGGCGUCCGUGCUGCGCAAGCACCUGGCGGUCCACGGCGGCGGCGGCGGCGGCGGCGGCGGCGGGGGGGAGCGGCGCUUCCGCUGCGGCGAGUGCGGCAAGCUGUACAAGUGCGUGGCGCACGUGCGCGACCACAUGCGCGCCCACUCCGAGUCGCGGCCGUUCCCCUGCGCCGCCUGCGGCAAGAACUUCAAGACCAAGCACGCGCUGCAGGUGCACGAGCGCACGCACGGCCAGGUGAAGCCUCACGCGUGCCCCGACUGCCCUGCGCGCUUCCGUGAGCGUGCGUCGCUGGUGCGCCACCGGCGGCAGCACACGGGCGAGCGGCCCUUCCCGUGCCCACGCUGCUCGCGCUCCUUCGCCGAGCACGGCACCCUCAACCGGCACCUCCGUGCCAAAGGCGGUUGCUCUUUUGGCCCCAGUGCCCCUCCCCAGGGCGCCCCCUCCAGGGCCCCCCCCCUCCCGCUGGGCCCCCCCACGGAGGUGAAGGAGGGCGCCCAGGGGAGCGGGCACGCGGGGAACGCCGCGGACGACCCCCUGCUGGGCGAGGACCCCACGGCCGUGCUGGUGGAGUUCUCCUCCGUGGUGGCCGACACGCAGGAGUACAUCAUACACGCAGGGCAGGCGGAGGAGAGGGAGGACAGCCCCAGCUUCAUGCAGAGGAUGGAGGUGCCAGCUGAGCUGGUGCAGAUGGUGCAGCACAUAGUGAGGGAGAGCCGGGGCAGCGGGCACCACCGCUUCAUCCUGCACAACGUUGGGGUGGGCGAGGCGGCAGAAGCGGUGGGGGAGCCGGGGCCCCCCCCGCCCCCACACGGCCCGGCACCCAGCGACGACUCCGACAGCACGGAGGUUGCCAUGGCGAGGGACGGCGCAGGGACGGCACCGGCGGUGUCCGGCGACGGCGGUGGCACCAUCAUCUUGGUGACCGUGCGGAACGAGGCGGGCGCGGAGGAGCAGGAGGACGUUACCGUGAUGGUGGACGCCACGGGACUGGAGCAAGUCGACGCGGUAACCGACCGCACCAUCGAGGAGACGGUCGGCGUUGCCAAGCAGCCGGUCAUCUCCGUGGCGACGACGGAGAGGGCCGACGUUGGCGAGGAGUGCGUCGCCAUGGUGACGGACAGCGUCGGAGAAGAGUGGACGGUCUCCGUGGGGAAGGACGCCGUUGGCGUGGCGACGGUCUCCAUUGGGGGAGAGGAACCGGUUUCGCCGCGGUGAUGGGGAAAAUCGCAACGCGGUGGUGACCACCCCCGUGGGAGGUUGGCCGUGAGCGGGAAUCGAACUCGGGUGGCCGCGUUCCUAGCGCGCACCUGCGCGGUUAAAAGGCUCAAGGCGGAGAGGCCCCCAGGUAAGGCCCUGACGACACGAAGCAGCCCACACACACAUACAGAGGCGUGGCCAAGCAACCCGCCGGUUUCCUCCAAUCGCAUGGGACUUUUAUUUUGACAGGUCGCCCGUCCUCACGUCAUGCAGCCCUCCCCCCAGCCCUCCCAACCUCGGGGUGCCAGAGGUGGGCGAGGGGGGGGUGGAGUGGACCGUACCAUCUGUACACGCGCAGAGGAGAGGGGGGGGAGGGUGCUCUCUGGGAAGGGAGAUAUUCAAUAGAUUCUCUAUUUACAGUUUACCCCCCCCCACCACCCUAGGCAUCCUGCACUCAAGCUUGAGCCAUGGACUGUUCCAUUCAACAUCACAAGGGGGGUGGGGGAGGAUUGGGGGAGAAGCCACAAUCAUAAACCCGCAUGCACCCCGCCCGCCUCAGGGGUGGGAACACCACAGCCCCCUUUGCCGGGGGGCUGUGGUGGUACAGGCCAUCUACUGGCUCCAGGAGUUGGGGGGGGGGUGUGAGAGGAGUGUCAGUACAUUGCCAUCUGUGAUCAUUAUGAACUCUUGUUAUAAAAACUUAAAACAUCCUCAAUAAAAAUGUAAAAUUCUAUAUAAAAACAAAAA